AAUGGAGGUGGCGCUCGCGAGUGGUUUAGAGCUUCGCCUGGGAGCCGUCUGCUUUGUUUUAUCCUGCAAACUGUUUUUUGUAACUAUUGUUUUUUUCAAGUGAUUCACUGAAGAAGGAUGAAGAUCUUCUAUGUAUUUCCUUUAUGCUUGAUGGGAGUGUUUGCAGCCCCAAGCUUAGACCCUGAGUUGAAUGAACUCUGGAAGCAGUGGAAGAGUUGGCAUCACAAGAGUUAUGAGCAGAGAGAAGAAGGUUGGAGACGAAUGGUAUGGGAAAAGAACCUUCGAAAAAUUGAACUUCACAACUUGGAACACUCACUUGGAAAACAUACAUUCAAAAUGGGAAUGAAUCACUUUGGAGACAUGACAAAUGAAGAAUUCAGGCAACUUAUGAAUGGGUAUAAGUCAAAACAAACUGUGAAGAAAGCUCAAGGUUCUCUGUUUUUGGAACCCAACUUUUUGGAGGCACCUAGGAAACUAGAUUGGCGUGAACAUGGAUAUGUCACUCCGGUUAAGGACCAGCGUCAUUGUGGCUCAUGCUGGGCAUUCAGCACCACUGGAGCCCUUGAAGGUCAGCACUUCAGAAAGACUGGCAAGCUUGUCUCACUCAGUGAGCAGAAUCUUGUAGAUUGCUCUAAACCUGAGGGAAAUGAAGGAUGUGAUGGUGGACUGAUGGACCAGGCAUUCCAAUAUGUACAGGAUAAUGGUGGAAUUGACUCUGAGGAAUCCUAUCCUUACCUUGGAACGGAUGAUAAUCCUUGUCACUAUGAUCCCAUGUACAAUGCUGCUAAUGAUACUGGGUUUGUAGAUAUUCCCAGUGGUAAAGAGAGAAUCUUGAUGAAAGCUGUUGCUACUGUUGGACCGGUUUCAGUAGCCAUUGAUGCAAGCAAUGAAUCAUUUCAGUUCUAUGAAUCCGGUAUCUAUUAUGAAGCUGACUGCAGCUCAACAGAUCUCGAUCAUGGUGUACUAAUAGUUGGAUAUGGCUAUGAAAAAGAUGAUGUAGAUGGAAAAAAAUAUUGGAUCGUUAAAAACAGCUGGAGUGACCAGUGGGGUGACAAAGGAUAUAUAUUGAUGGCCAGAGACAGACAUAACAACUGUGGAAUUGCCACAGCGGCCAGCUACCCUCUAGUAUAAAUAUUGAAUUGCCUUUUAUUAUAAGUUAAUGUAUUUCAAGAUGCUGUCAUCAAGAAGGUUCAAUAAGCAGGCCGCCUCUGAGCAUGAGGCUGUUCUGUUCUUUCCCUGCAAGAAUUGAAUCCUUAUCAGGAGCAGUUCUGAUAUUGCUGUUGGGCUCUGAUCAAACUAGUAAGCUCUCAGUUGGAAGAAGACCAGUUUGAUUCGCUUAACAGAUAGGAAUAUCAUUUCUUUCUCUCUCCCCCCCCCCCCCCC